AUGGAAUGGUACAAUGCUCCGUUAAAAACACAAAAAUUGAUACUAUUUUUGUUACGAAAGACAACAAUAUGUUACAAAGUUGAUGCCGGUGGUAUGUUUAAUCCCUGUUUGGAAGGUUUAGCCACAAUAAAGGUAUUAAUGCAACAAAUUCAAACUGAUUGGAUCGCUUUGAAAGAUAAUAAUGAGAUUGAAAUAAUCCAGCGAUAUGCACAAGCAGCAAGACUAUGCACUACAAGUCUAGCAACAUUGAUUUAUAUAUGUAUAAUCGCAGUUUUCUGCAUUCAAUAUGUGCCAAUAUUUCUUGACAUCAUAGCACCAUUAAAUACAUCUCGGCAAGCCGAAUUAUUAUUUCAAGUUGAAUAUUUUCUUGACCAAGAAAAAUAUUAUCAUACGAUUCAAUUUCAUUUAGAUGUAGGACUUAUUGUUGCUGCGAUGACAAUCCUGUCUACUGAAUCAUUUUGUCUAACACUUGCCAUACACGCAUUUGGAAUGUUUAAAAUAACUAGUUAUCGUAUGGAACGUAUAAUAAAUAAAAAUACUCCGAAUUCAUUCAUGGAGAAACAUUAUGCCUUUCAUGAUAAAAUAGUAACUGCUGUAAAUGGUCACAGAAGAGCAAUUGAAUUUUGCGAAAUUAUUAAAUCAACCUUUGCAAUACCUUAUUUGGCUUUAAUAUUGCUUGGAGUAACUUCCUCGAGCGUAAAUUUAUUUCUGCUCUUCCAAAUAAUAAUGUCGACGACCACAAUAAAUGAUUUAAUAAGGUCUGUUAUAUAUGUCAUUUGCCAUUUCAUCUAUAUGUUCUCAACUAAUUACGCUGGACAGAAAUUUGUAGAUCACGAUGCUGAUGUCUACGGAAGGAUAUGCAACAUACAAUGGUAUAAUGCGCCAUUGAGGACACAAAAACAGAUAUUAUUUAUCAUGCAAAAAACCGUAAAAAGUUAUCACAUGGAUGUCGGUGGCUUAUACAGUCCUUCAUUAGAAGGUUUUACAAAGCUUGCGAGUGCGUCACUCUCUUAUUUUACUGUUCUCUGUUCAAUGCGAAAAUAUUAACAACAUAUACCACAACAAUAAACUAAUGACACUUGAAAUGACAAGUUGCUGUAAUGCUUGCGAUGAAACUUGAGAUGGCAAAGAAUAAAAUA